AAAAUAUUCAUGUCUUUUUAGUUUCAUCCCUAUUCGUCCUGUAAAAGGUUAAAACACGCGCCGCCCAAAUUCAAAGCUCCCGGCAACAUGGGCCGAACCGGCGACGGCAGAGAUCAACCGGCGGAACAGCCUUCUCGGUUAUCAGCAAUAAAAAGUAGAAUUCGUCAACAUGAUAUUGGUAAACAUCGGAGCAAGAAGAAGCAAAGAGUAUCAAUACGUAAAACUGAGACUGAAUCUGCAACCGUAACCCUAAAUCAUACUUCCACUUCUUAUACACAUUCAUAUGCAAAUUCCUACUCAUACUCAUACAGUAGGGGCAAAGAAAAACGGCAUAAAGGAAAAGCAAAGAGGGCAAUUGCAGAUGAUAAACGCAAGUGGGUUUACUCUACUCACGACGUUUCCCCAAAUCAAGAUAGAGUUAUUCUUAUGUCGUAUAACAUACUAGGGGUAAAAAAUGCAGCAGCACAUGAGGACCUGUACCGCAAUGUCUCUCCAAAAUAUUUGGAUUGGGACUACCGGAAGAAGCUCAUAUGCGAAGAAAUUAGGGACUAUAAUCCGGAUAUAAUGUGUUUCCAGGAGGUUGACCGUUUUGAUGAUUUAGAUUAUCUCCUCCAGAAAGAGGGCUUUAAAGGGGUUUAUCAGGCUCGUACAGGUGAUGCAAGUGAUGGCUGUGCAAUAUUCUGGAACAACAAGCUACCUGCUGGCAAAAGAUUUGACAUUCUGCAUGAGGAGAGCAUAGAAUUCCAGAAUUUUAAUCUACGCAAUAAUGUUUGCCAACUUUGUGUUUUUAAGAUGAAUGUGAAAAGUUCAAGCAAGGAUGUGAGUGCUACAAAUUCGGAGAGUGCAUCCUCGCCAAGCUUUCUGGUUGGCAAUAUUCAUGUACUCUACAACCCCAAUCGUGGAGACAUCAAAUUGGGACAGGUUAGACUCUUUCUUGAGAGUGCCCAGAGGCUAUCUCAUGAAUGGGGUGAUAUACCAGUCGUGCUUGCUGGAGAUCUAAAUAGUAUGCCUCAGAGUGCAAUGUAUCAGUUUUUUACUUCAAAUAAGUUGGACAUCCAAAUGCAUGACCGAAAGCAAAUCUCUGGCCAAAUUUAUCCAUUGCAAAAUAGAAGCUUCAACCCGAGAUUAAGUUAUAGAUGGAGUAAUGAAGAGCUAUUGCUUGCUACCGGAACAGGAGAUAGUCACUUGAUACAUCAGUUACAACUGCGCAGUGCCUAUGCUGGAGCUCCUGGGAGUUCCAGAACCAGGGAAAACUCUGGAGAACCCUUGGCGACAUCAUAUCAUUCGAAGUUUUUGGGAACUGUCGACUAUAUAUGGCACACAACAGAGUUUGUUCCAGUACGAGUUCUUGAUACCUUACCUGUCGAUAUUUUAAGGAGAACAGGAGGGCUUCCUAGUGAGAAAUGGGGAAGUGAUCAUCUUUCUCUAGUGUGUGAACUGGCUUUUGCUGAUGAAGGGAGUGAGACUUGACUAUUCCUUUCGAUUAAAGUUAAAAGUUGAAAUACAAAACGGAAGGUCUAUCAUGACAUACUGCUUCAUGGGAUAAGCAGAUUCAUCGGUGCAUAGAAGAAUCUUGUGUGAACAUAAGUGUACAAGGAGGAACAUGGGAAAGAACAGAGACUGGCGAAGUUACAUUAUAGGGAUCAAAAAGACGAUCCAUUUCGUGUUUUUUUUUUUGUCUGUCCUCUUCAUCUUAGUAACUUAUUAAUCAUAAUUAAUGUUUUAUUAAAUAUAAUAAAACCAUCUGAAUCAUAGUUUUGUUUCCAACAGAAGAUUGCACUAUUCAUUGUAACUUGUAAAGAAACAUGGUAAGUUGCAACCUUAAAAGGAGAGACUGUCGCAUCGUUCAAAUA